AUGUUUUGAAUUUUGUUUUCAGCAGUACUGGCUUUAGAAAACUCAACAUUUGUGCACGAGAGUUUCUCCGGUGGAUGCCGAAAAAUGCAGAUUUGCUACGAAAACAUCCCAAUUCCAAUUUCUCAGCCAUUACUAAAGCUUUCAAUUCAAGUCACAUUGACUGAUAUAGAUGGAAAACUCUCUGAAUACCCAACCCCAAAACCUCUUUUCUAUAUAAGAUUUGACUCAAUUCCAGACGAAGAGUUCUAUGACUAUAAAAUUGAGCUAAAAGAAAAAGAAAACUGGAAAUAUAAAAUUGAUAUCCCAUAUCCUAAGAAGGCGAAUUAUUUUAUUUUUAGACUGGAUGGAGGCUUAUUAGAUCAAAGCCAUAUGCAGGCUGCCUAUACAGUUUAUGGGUGGAGAUAUAAGAUAAAAGUAUGAUCGUAUUACUGUGAAUCGCAAAUUUUCACGUCAUCUGAAUAUUUAAUUAAUAGAAAUUAUUCGAGUGUUUCUGCAGAGUGUGACAUUGAAGUUUUGGACUUGCCAAAUAGUGAAAUUGAUUCGGAUGUAAAGCCAGCUAUAUAUGAUGUCAGAGCAGGAACUGAGUUUCUUAUCAUUAAUGCUUAUGGAUUAAUAAGUAAUUUGAACUUAACAGCAAGCUCAGAGAAUUUCAUAUUAGGGGAUGCAAUUGAUGAAAGUAAUUUUUGGCAUUUUAAUAAAUCUGGACAAAUCAUAUGCAGGAUUGGAUAAUUAAAAUAGAUAUAAUUAAAUUGAUGAAGGGCCAGCUCCCCUAGCCCCCUCAAUACCAAAAUACUUAGUCUCGAUAAUAAGAAAUAUAUGAUAUAUCGCAGUAUUUUCGCACCUAUGCUAAUAAAACGCGAUUUGUAGCAUUUUACACAUAUAUUUAAUAUUUAUUUCAUAUCCCCUUACUAUAUACAAAUUUUUAUAUACCUAGCUAAUUUAGCUUUUGUUUUAAAUUUAAAUGAGAUAUAUCAUGCUUUAUAUAUAAAAUAAGCUAUUUAAGCAUAUUAAAUUUGUUAAAUGCAUUAUUCUGCGAAAUCGAUCCUAGAUAUUGUAUGUGCAUAUGAUACAUAAUUGUGCUUAAGUUUAUUCAUUUGUUUCUAUCUAUUUUAAAUUAGAAUCCAACUGGAUUAUUUUAAAAUACGAUAAUUAAGCGAUAUAAAGCGUAUUUCUCUAUUAACUCCUUUAUUUAUUAGUUUAAAAAUCUUUAUCAUAUAAAAUUUUUCUUUUUAGUAGAGAUAUGAAAUAAAGUAUUAAAUAUAUGUGUAAACAUGCUACAAAUCGCGCUUUAAUAGCCUUGAAGCUAAAAUCAAUAUCUGUGAUAUUUCUUAUUACCAAGACGAGGUAGUUUGGAAUUGAGGAGGUGGGGUUGAUACUUGACCAAAUGUCAAGCACGCAUAUAGCUAAAUUCAAUAGAAACAGGAUAAUUUCUAGUCCAAAACCUGGCCUUUGGUAUUUUGUAUUCUUUUCAUCUGCAGAUCAGCUUUUUGAAUACGAAAUUAUCACUAAAGAUUAUAAAUGAGAUAAAAGUGGAUACAUGAUAGUGAACAACAGUAUCGUUUCCCAAGAUUGAGUGAGUAGCUAUACAAGUAUUUAUGAAACUGAAAUCAGAAUGAACACCUAUGGGAUUUUCUCCUUUGAACUCCCUAUUCAGUAUCACAAAUUCAUAGUAUUACCAGACCACGUCGAUAAUAGAUAUGGAGCUAAAUUAAUACUAUACAAUAACAGCACUCUCGAUAUAGACACUCUUUUCAAUUUACUCAAUGAAAACCUAGAAAUCCGGAUCCAGCUAGCAAGCCCCCCUACAGCAUCAAGCUUUUACUUCUAUUUUUCUAGCUGUAAAGAUUCUAAAGUGUACUGCAGCCUUAUAAAAGAUGCUGAAAAAGCUUCAAUUAUUGUUGAAUUCAGAUAUUUAAAACAAGGUAUAAAUUAUAUUUCAUUAAAAUUUAGCUCAAUUGAUACUAAAAGUCCAUCAAUACCUUUUAGUCUUGGGAUAUUUCGGACUAAAGUUGGCAAUAAUAUGUGCAAUUCACAGUAUCAUUAUUUGUCAAACCAAGUAGCUUAUACGUGCUAUUGUUCUCAGAAUACAGCUGGGCCUUAUUGUGGCGAACUAGGUUUUAGCGAUAGUAUAUAUGAUCUUGGCCUUUUUUGCUUAGUAGCUUCAAAUCUUGCGAUGAUCCCAGCACUUAUUAUAGGAACGUUGCAUUUCUAUUAUGGAGAGGUUGCAGUAUAUGGACUGAAUAUGAUCACAAGCAUGAUGUACCAUGCAUGCGACUGAGAAUAUUAUUGUUUUGGCUUUAGCUCAGGGAGUAUACGCAUGGUUGAUUUUUUAAUCAGCUUUAUGAGCAUUUUAGUCUGCUUUAUUCAUGUAGCAAGACUGAAAAACCCAAAUAUGAAGACAGCUAUUUAUGUAUUUUUAUUUGUUUUAAUGCUAUAUGUUGACUUGAAUACAGCUUUUAAUGGGACUUUGCUUACUUUUUCUGUAAAAUUUAUAUAGCCUCCGAUAUUUGCUGGGCUGAUUAUGGUUUGCCGCUAUGUUUAUAUUAUAAUAGCACUUUCUAAAAAAGAAGAAAAUAAAUUUUGAAGCUGAAAGCAAGCUAAAUGAUUCUUUUUAACAAGUAAACUUGUCAAUAUAAAAUGAGCGUUUAUAGCAGCGAUUUCUUUUUUCCUAGCAAUAUCAAGCCGCUUUUUUGAGCUUAACAGUAAUUAUUGAAUUGUAACCUUUAUAUAGACACAUUCAUGCUGGCAUAUUUUUAUAAUGCUUACACCUUUCUUUGUAUUUUUCAUAUUUCCACUAAAUCAAACACAAUUUAUCUUCGAGAAAAAAGUAGUCUCUGAGUUCACAGAGCUGAAAGAUUAUACAUUUUUAUUUAUGAUUAAUAAUUUAUAUAACAUUUGCCUUUAUUUAAUAAAAAUCGGUAUAUAUUUCAAUUAAGUCUACUAAUAGUGUUAAUAUUUAA